AUGAACAAAAGUCUUCUUGCUACGACCGAGAACUCGACCAACAACAGCAGCACGCUGUAUGGUUCAUCAGCAUCGGAGGCUCAUCUGGGCGGAGAGGAAGGAGGAGUCUAUCCCAAUACUAUAAAUUAUGAUGAUGAUUCAUCGUCGGUUUUGAAGAAAUUAAAAGCAUAUAAUGCGUAUAUUGUGGCCGGAGUUUGUGCUAUUGUGGCUUGUGUGGUGGCCACUUGUGUCAUCAUUCCGGCAUUGGUUUAUAGUUAUUCGAGAAUCGGGAAGAGAGCAGAUGCUUUGAAAUGCGAUUCAUCAUGUUCAUAUCAAAUUGUAGAGUCCAUUCCGAUGGGUCUCAAUUUACAGUUACUUCCCAAUACAGAUUUUACACACAAUGCAUGGGCUGAUAUUAUCGGGAGAGCUACAUCAAAACUCACUAUUGUUUGCUUCUAUUCAAGUUUAUUGAAUGAUGCUUCUGUGGUAUCGGGUGGACAAUAUGGAAAUGAAACUUUUGCUGCUAUUGCAAACGUCAUCAAGAAAGGAAUCAAAGUCACUAUCAUUCAGAACAUUGCUUCUCCAGAAUUCCCAGAUGAUGACACAAGAGCCUUGGAAAAGAUGGGUGCUGAACUUGUUUCAGUGGAUUGGAAGAAGGCAUUUUCUGGUGGAAUUUUACACACAAAAGCUAUUGCUGUCGAUGGUAAACAUUUUUAUGUUGGCAGUGCUAAUUUGGAUUGGAGAUCAUUGGCUCAAGUCAAAGAAUUGGGAGUUAAAGUCACUGAUUGCGAAUGCUUAACUCAAGAUAUUGAAAAAAUUAUGGAUGUUUAUUAUACACUCGGAACAAGCAUGAACAGCAGUUUUACUGAAUUUAGAGGUUGGCCAGAAAGUACAUUUACAAGUGUGAAUCAAUUCAGUAGAUUGUUGGUGCCCUUCCAAAAUGAGCCUACUAAGAAUGAAUCAACAGUAUUCAUGUCUGCAAGUCCAAGAAUCAUUGAUGAACCUUUAAGAACCAAUGACAUUGAUGCUCUACUUGCAGUGAUUAAUAAUGCCACUCAAUUUGUUUACAUCUCGGUCAUGGAUUUCCAACCAUUUAUGCUCUAUGGAUCAUCACCUGAAUAUUGGGGAGAAAUAGAGGAUGCUCUGAAAUCGGCUGUGAUUAGAAAUGUCCAUGUGAAACUUCUUAUUAGCAAGUGGGAUCAUACCAAGCCAAUGCAAGUUACAGUUUUGCAAUCCUUGUUAGCAUUUGGAGCUCAAAUUUGUAAAGUUGGAGGCGUAAAAUGUAGUGGUUCAAUCUCAGCCAAACUCUUCCAAGUGCCUGACCAACCCAAUGCUCCAAAAUAUCCAUUCACUAGAGUCAAUCAUGCCAAAUAUAUGGUUACAGAACAACAGGCCUACAUUUCCACUUCAAAUUGGAGCAAGGAUUACUUUUACACUACUGCAGGUAUCUCUUUCACGAGUACUACACCCACUUUGAGACAAACUGUGGAAAAUAUUUUCAAUAGAGAUUACAGCUCUGAAUAUGCCUUUGACGUGCCAAACUAA